CACCCACCUCGGCUCUCCGACCAAUCCCGUCGUCCCCGUCUGUACAACUUCUUCACUGAAGCCAACACGACGACGGUCCGAGUGUAUAAACAAAGCAACAGAGACAACCAGCAAAAAAUGGAGGCUUCUCUUUCCCUGUUCCGGCCCGCGGCCACCUGCUGCCGCCGCGUUGCGCUCUCCUCCUCCACCACCCAAAAGGCCGCUGCUGCCCACCCCGCCGUCGCCGCCGGCAUUUCCGUCCGCUACCAGUCGACCGCGAACCGGACAAAACGCAUGCUCAACAUCCCUCCGCACGAGUCCUUCCUCAACGUACCCGUCGAAGGCGACCGCAUCAUCUUCAACCCUCCUUCGUCCGAGGCCUCGGUCUACCACACGCCCUUCAAGUUCCUCCCGCGCUCCGACCCGCGCCGCCGCGCAAACAUAUACAAGCUUUUCAAGCCGCAAGCCCCUACGCCAGUAGAGGAGGCUACCGAUGCCAACGCUGCUGAGCACGGCGAGCAGCUACCGCCCGUCCUCUACAACCCCACAAAGUCGUACAACGUCACGGCCGAGCAGGUCGAGGAGAUCCGCCAGCUGCGCGCCAAGGACCCCAAGAAGUACAGCGUCACCUACCUCAGCAACAAGUACAACUGCACAAAGGUGUUCAUCAUGAUGUGCACCCAGGCCCCUCGCGAGCACCAGGAGCAGCACAAGCUCGCGCGCGCCAGGAUCGCCGAGAGCUGGGGCCCCCGGAGAGCGGCUGCCAAGCUGGAUGCCAGGAGGAGAAAGGAGAUGCUGCAUCGUGGCGAGAUAUAGAUGCAGAUGGGCUGCUGGUACUGGGAUUGUUGGGGAAAGCGUUGAAGGAGAUGGGGGAGGAGGAAGAAGAGUAUUGUUUAGAGCGGUGGGGGAGGAGGGUGCGGAUGAGAGAGAGAAAGGAGAAAGGGAAGUGGUCUGGUCUGGUCUUCUGGUCUGGUUCGGCUUAUUGGUUGCUUUGCUUCCUGCGCGCGCGGCAUAUAUACUACUUUUUGGUCACCCGUUCUUUUGGUCUAGCUGGCGGGCGGGUUGGGGGAAAGCCUGCUCAUCUUGCCAUUUCUGAGGACAGCG